AUGUCCGAUACGAAAGCCGAAGCCACAGGCGUGGAGGCCGCUACCCUUCCAUCGGCACCGGCGAAACGCAGUUUCGGCGCAAGGGUUGCUGCCCAUUACAAGAAGUGGUGGUGGGCACACUUGAUUGCGUUUGUGAUUGUGGUGCUGGUUGUCGUACUGCCGGUCAUCUAUGUUGGAUAUCCCAAGAUCGCGCAGCGCGAUGUCAACGACUCAACUCUCGACAUCACUAGUAUGGUCAUCAGCGAUCCAACGCCGGACUCCUUCCAACUCAACCAGACCCAAGUCAUCGGAUCCGACAGCUCCUACCACCCACAGAUCUAUGCCUUCAACGCAGCCGUUUCCCUGGCAGGCGCUGCAGCACCCUUCACCACCGUACGCGUCCCCGGUGUGAAAUCCGAGGAUGGCGCCGAGAUCGAGGUUGUGCAAAAGGUCGAUCUUUCUGACGUUGAUGCUUUUGGCGACUACGCGAAGGCUGUUAUGUUGAAUGAGGAGGUUUCGCUGAAUAUUUAUGGAGAGCCUGAAUUGCGCCAGGGCUCGUUGCCUAAGACGAAGGUUACGUAUAAUAAGACGGUUACUAUGAAAGGUCUCAAUCAGCUCAAGGGAUUCGACGUCACCGAGUUCCAUAUUUUGCUCACGACCAAGAAUGGUCGCAACAUGGACGGAACCGUUUACAUCCCUAAUCCGUCUGUCAUGACUAUUGAGAUGGGAAACCUGACUCUCGACCUCUCCGUCGCCGGAAAACCAAUGGGUCAAUCUUUCCUCGACAACCUCAUUCUGAAACCUGGCAACAACACUAUCCCCAUGACCUCCACCGUCAACCAAACCGCCAUCAUCAGCAUGCUCACCUCCAAGAGCAACCCUUAUAAGGACGGCGUAGUGCCGUUCGAUAUCACCGGUAACUCAAGUGUCUACAACGGCAAGACUUUGCCUUAUUUCACCGAGGCUCUGAGCGCGAAUAACCUGACUGUGCACUUGAAUGUUACCAAGGCGCUUGCGGAGAUUGGACUGACGAAUUUGUAA